UAUUGCCUUUCUCUUUACGGGAGUCAUUGCAAAUUUUUUCACAGAUAAAAUAAUACUUGCCUGUAGGAAACUUGGGAAAAUAACAGGAGGAAAUGAAAAUCAUCAAAAUCACCCAUGGUCCUAGUGUGUAUGUGCAUAUACAUAUGCACAUACUCAUACUGUAUCGUAAAUUUUUUAUCACUUGAGACUAACACAGGAACAUAGAUUUAGAAAAUACUUUAAAUGGAUGCUUAAGUAUUGGCCUGAAUUUUUGUUUUUCAACCAUCCUAAUGCUUUUUGGAGGAGAAAUCUAGGACCUUUAAAGGAGCACAUGGCCUCAGUUUUAGGCUUACCUUUAAAUCCUGAGCAGUUUUGGAGAGCCCAAAUAGAUGAGACGUCAGCAUUCCUGCGAGCCUGGCACCCAGCGGGUCUCGACCCGAAGUGGCCAAGGAGCUGAGUGGACUAAGAAGUCGAACGCCUCCACCCGCCCCCGCCUGGCCGCCGCCCGGCCUUGGACCCCGCCUCCCGGCUUGGCCCUGUCCGGUAACAGUGCCCCCUAGCGGCAGCGGCGAGGAGGGCUGAGUGCGCGGCUGUGGCGGCUGUGGGAAUACCCCGCAUAGCUGGGCAGGUCAGCCAACGAGUCCUUCUCUUCUGACAAGUCCUUUUAAUGGCUUUUGGAGCCGCUUGCUUUUAUGAGGCCUGUGUCCGCUUCUGCGGUGUUUUGCUGCACUCCCCAACUUCAAGUGCAUUAGUGUGGCCCAGCCAGGCCUGGCGCUGCGGAAGACCGCCAGGCGGCCCCAAGGCGGGCCAAGGCUCAGCCCCGGCGGCUGGGGCUCGUUUCCGCACCCCACUCUUUCGCCACUCUGUUUGGGGCCUUUUGAGAAGUUUUGAACUUCCGGGGUUGGCUCGCCCGCGUUUGUGGUGUGGUGGGUGGCCGAGGGGCGUUGCUGUGCCCUGCGCUUGGGCGCGGCCCUUUAAACUUUCUGUUUUUUCAAACUUCGGGGGUGUGGUUGCUGCGCCUCCUCUCUCCCGGGCUGGUUGUUCUCUGGCCACCCGGUCCUUCCCUCCGCCCCGCCUUCCAGAUGCUUUGGAGUCAUGAGCCGGGAGGGCGCAGGGACCCCUCUGGUGGCCGAGGUGAUCAAAGAUCGCCUUUGUUUUGCCAUUCUCUACAGCAGACCAAAGAGUUCAUCAAAUGUACAUUAUUUCAGCAUAGAUAAUGAACUUGAAUAUGAGAACUUCUACGCAGAUUUUGGACCACUCAAUCUGGCAAUGGUUUACAGAUAUUGUUGCAAGAUAAAUAAGAAAUUAAAGUCCAUCACAAUGAUGAGGAAGAAAAUUAUUCAUUUUACUGGCUCUGAUCAGAGAAAACAAGCAAAUGCUGCUUUCCUUAUUGGAUGUUAUAUGGUUAUAUAUUUGGGGAGGACUCCAGAAGAAGCAUAUAGAAUAUUAAUGUGUGGAAAUACAUCCUAUAUUCCUUUCAGAGAUGCUGCCUAUGGAAGUUGCAAUUUCUACAUUACACUUCUUGACUGUUUUCAUGCAGUAAAGAAGGCAAUGCAGUAUGACUUCCUUAAUUUCAACACAUUUAACCUUGAUGAAUAUGAACACUAUGAAAAAGCAGAAAAUGGAGAUUUAAAUUGGAUAAUACCAGACCGAUUUAUUGCCUUCUGUGGACCUCAUUCAAGAACCAGACUUGAAAGUGGUUACCACCAACAUUCUCCUGAGGCUUAUAUUCCAUAUUUUAAGAAUCACAACGUUACUACUAUUAUUCGUCUGAAUAAAAGGAUGUAUGAUGCCAAACGCUUUACGAAUGCUGGUUUCGAUCACUAUGACCUUUUCUUUGCGGAUGGCAGCACCCCUACUGAUGCCAUCGUCAAAGAAUUUUUGGAUAUUUGUGAAAAUGCGGAGGGUGCCAUUGCAGUACAUUGUAAAGCUGGCCUUGGACGAACGGGCACUCUAAUAGCCUGCUACAUCAUGAAGCAUUACAGGAUGACAGCAGCCGAGACCAUUGCUUGGGUCAGGAUCUGCAGACCUGGCUCAGUGAUUGGGCCUCAGCAACAGUUUUUGGUGAUGAAACAGGCAAGCCUCUGGUUGGAAGGUGACUAUUUUCGUCAAAAGUUAAGGGGUCAGGAGAAUGGAAAACACAGAGCAGCUGUCUCAAAACUCCUCUUGGCUGUUGAUGACAUUUCAAUCAAUGGGGUCGAGAAUCAAGACAAGCAAGAACCUGAACUGUACAGUGAUGAUGACGAAAUCCAUGGAGUGACACAAGGUGAUAGACUUCGUGCCCUGAAAAGCAGAAGACAGUCAAAAACAAACGCUAUUCCCCUCACAGUAAUUCUUCAGUCCAGUGUUCAGAGCUGUAAAACAUCUGAACCUAACAUUUCUGGCAGUGCAGGCAUUACUAAAAGAACCACCAGAUCUGCUUCAAGAAAAAGCAGUUUUAAAAGCCUGGUUCCUCAGAGGGAAAGAAGGAAAAGGAAUGCUUUGCAACAAAUGCCCUUAAUGGCAUUAUGGUACUCUCAUUGCUCUGCUGCUUCUGCCCGCCCUUCUUUUUUUCUUUGUUUUUAUUGUUUUUUUAUUUUUUGCAGAACUGAACCUUUUUCUGCUCUGCCUUUCUCUCCCAUUUGUCUUUACUUUAUGGUUGAUAUUGUACUGUCUUUUCCAAAAUACUUGUCAUUAAAGAAUUAUACAAAGUGUAUACUUCUUAGCAUGUCACUACUUUUAUUAUGUUGCCUUCCUUGUCUUUGGUAACUACAUACGGGACACUUGGAAACCUUCAUGGUAAAAUCCUUUUUUUUCUCCCCCUGUAGUCCCUCCAUUUCAAGGACUAAAACAGUCUUGCGUUAAGUAAAAACCUGUGACCAGAACUGAAGGAAGACUCUAGGAACAGAAACCUACAGCAGAACUUAGCACAAUGUAUUUGGAAACAAAACAAAAUUGCAAAAGCCUUAGCCGCUUUCCACCUAAGAAGUUUAUUCAAUGAAGACAAUGUCUACUGGAGUUUAAAAUAACUACAUGAGUUUGGGCACAAGCAGUGACUUGAAGGAGGCCCAGCUCUCCUUUUGUAGAAACAUCUCAAGUUUAACGACAAAAAAAGCUAUUGUAAAUUUAGUCUCAGGUGUAAAUAUCAAAGCCCUCUGUUGUCAGGAGAGCUGACUAGUCUGUGUGGUGCACGUGUGUCCCUGUGAUGGCAAUCAUUUUAGCUGCUGGCCUUCAGAAGAAGCGAGGAUCUGAUGGAGGUUUUUUAUGUAUUUAUUUUCUGUUCACCCUGUGUCAAAAUUUAUAAAGAGAAAACAGGCAUUACUGAAAUGGUACUUUCUGUAAUUUGAUACUAUUUGGUUUAAACAUCUUCACUUUAAUACUUGUAAUAUUGUUGUAAUGGUAACUCUGUUAAGUACCCAAGCUGCUUGUCUUCCACCAAAGAGUGCUUUAUUAACAAGAAUCUGUGAAAACCGUGUUUGAGGACUGUUGGAUGUUGUGAUACAAAGUGGUACUUUGGCAGCCGAAUUUGCAAGAGAACAUGAGUGGUAGCUUUAGAAGACUCAGGAGGGGACGCUGCCUUCAGAGUCGGAAGAUUGUUGUAAGUCAUUCCUCUUUAUGUCAUUGAGGGACUGGAGAAUGCCAAGGCUGCCCACGAUUUGGUUGCCCAGUCAUACAUACAAAUUAAAAUCCUGUUUCCUUCCACGCAUGAUUAAAAAAAACACUGUUGGUGUUUUCCCUUGGAAACAGCCAUCCCAAAUAACGAUGGCUAAAAAAAAAAAGUACUGCUUUAUUCAGGUCUUUCUCUGUAACAUUGUGGGUUUCUUUUUUUAUGUGAUCAGCCUAAGGCCAUUCACACACCCUUUGAUUUCAGUGACAGUUACUAGCAUCUGGAUUUCAGUUGUUUGUAAAUAAGAGACUCACUGUUGCCUUUGGUUGGGGAAUACAACUAACUCUUUUCAGUGUGCCUUCGCCCCUCCACCCUCCAGAAACACAGCAGAGUCUGUGAUAAAAAGCAAUCACAAAAACAAUUUAUUUGCUGCUAAAACAAAAAACGGGGGCCCAAAAUAAAAGAAUAUUUUGCAGUCACCUUGGUCACCUCCAUAAUAAGAAGUGAAUGGUUUUAGUUAUUGUUAACCAAUUUUUGCCUAUCCUAGAAUGGAGAGCAGGAGAUACAAUAUGGAAAGGCAACAGAAGGCAAAUGCCUUCACCUUACAAGAUGAAUGAAUCAGGCGAGUAAGCAAUUCCUUUUGUUAAAAAGGUAUCUUUUUAACAAAACUAUGAGGAGUAAGAAGUGAUUGGAAUAAACAGAUUUUACUCUGUUAAUGCAAAAAGUUACUGGAAGGCCGUGGCUCCAUUUCGAUAUUUACUCUCUUGGAGUAAAUUAUAAGAUUGACUGGCUUCGAGGGGAGAUGGUGCCAUCAUCUUGGUCAAACAGGUGGCUCUUCCCUGUCAGGUAGUAUGGGGGUGUGUCAUGCCAGCUUUUAAACGCUGGGGACUAGAUCUCAGAAAAAAAAGUGGUUUUCUAUCCCUGGAAGUGAAUAGACACAAAGACCCACUUACCUGAUGGGAAGACGUCUCUUCACUAAGCUCUGGGUGGGAGGAGAAACAUUCCAUUAGAUGUCUCAUGCUAGGAGACAAUAAUAUUCAGACUAUGCCCUUGCAUAAAACAUUGAAUUCUCAGGGCAAUUCUUCUUCCCUUGACAUCUUUGAAGGCCAUUUCCUGCAUAAAUAAUCCAGGUAGUUAUGAAAAUCAAACUUCCAUCAGAACUUUUCCUGGUUUGGCUGUUUAUUACAUCAGAACAAGUUAAAUGUGCCGUCUCCCUCCCAGUGAAUAAGCCAUUUGAUGUCUUGGCCAAGAGUGUAAAAAUCUGGGCUUCAGUGUUAACCACAGUACUUUUUAUUUUACAAAUUGCCUUUUUGUGUCAGCUGCUCAAGUUUCCAGCUAGAAUUGCUAUCACUGUGGCUCUUUCUAAAAAAUCUUGUUAUUUAACAGGCUCACUAAAGUGAGUCCCAGGAAACUGUGAUUUGAUAAAGGAGCAGUCCUUGGAACACAGCAAGGACUUGGGGUAGUGCUUCCGGUGGAUUUCAUAGCACACUAUUAUUAAAUGUACUGGAGGGCAUUUCUAGAAUCCAGGAAGUCUCUGGGUCUGAUGGAAAGUUCUUUCUGCUAUGAAUAAGAGUGGACUUUUUUUUUCCCCCAAUGGAAACUUCAACACACCCAGAAUCUCCUGAGAUUCUAACUUCAAGUCCUUGUCAUAGAAAGACCCUGUUGCUAUGGAAUAUGAAAUAGGGCACGUCAGAUGGAGAGAUUCCUUUAAACUUAAGAGCCUUAAAUAGCUUUGAAAGUACAGCAAGACCGUUUCUUUGAAAUUAGAAUUAGAAAUGCAUAUUUUUAGGUGUCCUUGAAGCUUUUUGGGGACUCAUGUCCAAAGUCCAAGACAGUCCAAAGGAAGGGUGUCUGCAAAACUGGGUACCUAGAAGUAUAGACAGACUUCUCUUUUGUAAUGCUAAAGAAAAACUAGAAAUCUCUCUGAGCUGUCUGUGAAGAGGGGUUAAUCCUGAGCAGUGCCUCACUGAAACACGUAGCCUGCCUUGUCCACAUAGCCGCGUCUGGGCGGCAUGCUGCUCUGCUAGUCUCCAGCAUCUUUCUGCUCUCGGCCUGGCCCCAUUUGCCUGUCACCCACCUGCUUUCUUCUCUGCCCUCCUGCCCUCUCACAGGGGUCAUUCAUUCCUACCUCUUUUCUUGGGCCCAGACAAUUUUUAGAGGAGUUCCCAAGAGUGCUUGUGAGGCGAAUAUGUUUGCCCUUGGAGCCCGAUGGCCAGUUCUGUGUGCCCUGCGGACCGUCGGGCCUUCUGGGUGGUGUUGUGCCAAGAGCUUCUGGAAGCUUCCCUUUGCUUGAAUCACCACCAUUCAUGACAAAUGAGCAAUGCGCUCUUUUGAUGUUUGUUCUAAAAGUAGCUUAACUGUUCCUCUUCAUACAUUUUUUAAAGUAAUUGCAUCUUGGAAAGCAGUGCUCAUGAAAAACAACUUUAAAAGCAUAUUUUGAUUCUUUAAUAGCUAUCUCCCGCUAAAACUGUCCUGGUAAGGCUAGCUGCUGCUCUUCCAUUUCUCCUAAAUCUGAGUAUUCCUCAUGUUCCUAAGUGGAAAUACUACAGAUAUAUUUAAAAGACUGGACAAUUCACCUAUACUGUGUAAGAAAUUACCUCCUUAACUGCCCAGUAGAAUAACUGUCAGCAGGUAUGUUCAUCUGAUUAUAGUACUGCAGUUUUAUAUUAAUAAUUUGCAGACUUUUAUCUAACCUGCACUCAUGUACAGAUUAUUAAAAAGUUUUAAAAUGUAACUGAUUAAUCAGUAUUUGGUCAGUCAUUGUCUUGAUUUUUUUAUUAAAAUGUAUAUUUCUAAUCAUAUUUUAUAAAGCCAAGAGAACUGGUUGAAUGAAUGUUUAUUUUCCUGAAGGUAUUUUUAAGAUAAAGCUUCAUAAUGGCGUGUAAACUUUGCAUAUCUAUGUAGUUUGAUACGUAUUGUCGAGUUUGAAAAUCUUGUGUAUUGUAACUGGUUUUAUACGAAAUACGGAAUAGUGAAAAUUGUAUAAUUAUAAUCAUAUAAUUAAAAGUGUUAACCAAACAGC